AUGACCCAGAAUGUCCGCGAUUGGGAAAGGAGCAACCAAAAAAUUCUUUGUAGUCUGGGCUAUCUGUUGAAUCAAAUCAUUGAAUUAGUGAAAGGUAGUGCCAGUCAGGUUGUAUUUGUCAAAUACAAUGGCGGAAUGAAGUUGGAGGUGAUCUCCGGUGAGCAGAAGAAGGCUCCGUCGGAAGGUGUAGACGCAAAAUGGCAGGGCGGAAAACAGGGAACCGAGGACAACAAGCUAAUGACAAAGAAGGGAGAUCAGUACAAGUUGACGGAGAUCAUCCACGAAGCCAUUCCUCUUUUCGAUGUCGCCCUCAAAGGGAUUGAAUCGGGCUACCGCCAGUGUUUUCGAUCAAUGUCCAGCGAUAUCACUCUUUACCGCACCCUCUGUGAUACAUAUGAUUUUCUUCACGUCGACGUCUGUAAAGGGCGGACGCUCAGUGAAAUCAUCAAAGAUUUGAAAGCUGGGCAAGGCUAUGAUGAAUAUCGCGAUAAAUCGAAAGCUCGAGACGCCGCGUUCAAGCUUGUCUAUUCCAUUCUACAAGACACAUUUCAGAGCAAUGACAAGCAUAAGAACACCAUCUUUAAUGCCGUCCUGUUUGUCGUAUCUCAUCCCGGAACCUUCAAAUGGAAGACGAGAAAUGCCGUACGAGCAGUGUACGAGAGCAGGUUCAUGUUGUCGGUAAAGCAGAGGGUGAACCUCGACCGAUGGCACGAGCUCGAUUCUAGCGAGCAGGCUGACACCCACGAAGACGAUGUGACGACGGAGGAGGACAACUUGGAUUGGUAUGACUCCGACUAUUAUGAUUCCUUGCGCCUGCUCGCGUGA